AUGAGCGCACUAUUGACCUCAUACGAAUCCGACUACCGUUCCACCUUCGAUGAUGCUCGUUCUAGGCUGCAAACUGCCCCCACGCAAGCUCUCUCAGAACGUAAUUUGACUUUAAGGCAGGUGGAACAACAGCAAGAGGAGUUAGUGGAUCUCAUAGAUCAAAUGGAAAUUGAAGUUAAUAGCGCUAUUCCAAAUGGUCAAGAACGUGCAAAUUAUAAGGCAAAAUUACGUGGAUACCGCAAACAAGUUCAAAAUGAUUUAAGGCAACCAUUACAACAGUUAAUUGAUUCAACAGAUAGAGAUCUGUUAUUUGGCGAGCAGAAUCAUCAAUUUGAUCAUCUAGACGAUGAUCAAAGGCAACAACUUUUAUCGAAUCAUUCAAUUUUACAAGGUACAGGUGAUAGAUUGAGAGAUGCUACUAGGAUUGCUACGGAAACUGAGGGUAUCGGUUCAAAUAUCAUGAAUGAUUUAAGGUCACAGAGGGAGACUUUGGAGAAUGCCAGACAAACUCUUUUCACCGCUGAUUCAUACGUGGAUAAAAGUAUUCGUACACUAAAGACAAUGAGUCGUAGGUUAGUAGCUAAUAAAUUUAUCAGCUAUGCCAUCAUCGCCGUUUUGAUUCUAUUAAUCCUAUUAGUUCUAUUUUCAAAAUUCAGAUCCUAA